AAUAUGUAACAUUCAUUCGCCUAAUCCGCUGGGAACAAUAAUACUAUAAUAGUUGUUUAAUUUUGUUGGCUGUUGUAUGCUGUCGAUUAACUAUUUUACUCAUACGUGUACGCUGUACAAACUACAAAAUACAAAUGUCGAGCAACGAAUUUUCUAUAUUUCAAAAAAAUAAUCUCGAUAAUUCAUGUGAAACUACGGAUAACAUAAAAGAUUCUAAUUCUAAAAUGGCAUUAGUAAAUAAUGGCAUUGAUGAAACUUUAAAUAAACUUGUUGAAAAUGUAUUUCAUUUUACCAUGAUACCUAGUUUCGAUAAAGAAUACGACUCUCCAGUUAUUUAUUUACCAGAUUUAUUAGAAAUAUUGAAGUCAAAUGUCAAUAAUGGAGCAGAAUUAGAAAUUCUUGAACAAUCAAUUUUUGAAAGAACACUGUUGGCUGAUCCGAUAACAUAUUUACUCAAGACUAAACACAAUGUAUCAAUUACUUCACAUACCACUGAGAAAGAGUGCAUUGUUUAUUUAUUUCAAUGUUUCAUUGAUUUGACUUUUGCUAAACAAGAAAAUCGUUAUCCAUCAAUCGGAGAAGACAUCUACUCUAAAAUAUUUGGUUUUUUGUGUACGAAUGUAUCUACAGCACUUAAACAACCUGAUCUAUAUAGUCCUCAAAACAUUAAAGAUCAGGUUUUAAAAAUAUUUGAAACUAAUAUGGCAUCCUUUGAAGAUUAUGUGAAAUUUUUUACUUCUGUUAAUAAACAAAUUAUUUCGGAUGAAGAUGAUGGAGAGUCACAAAUUCAAAGUAUAUACCAUCCAAUACUUGAGAAAGUAAAAGAAAAAAUUUUACAAUCAACAAUUAUAUUUUUACCGCAUUGUGAGAUUGCAUUACUACAAGUAUUCUCUGCAGAACUAUUAUUAGCUAAUUCGUUGAUUGAUGAUUGUUAUGUACCAGAUACAUCUCCCGGUUUCAAUUUUACAAACACAGUGCUUGGAGCUACUUUUGCAAUAUCAGGUUUACCACAAACACCAGGGGGUAGAUUUGAAUAUUUCCAAAAACCCAUGGAAGAGUUAUCUGGUCCAUUGGAAAGUAACAUAUGGUCUGGUUUGGAGACGUUACAUGUUCAAUUACAUAAAAUAUUAUUAAACCUACUAAAAGCUGGACCUGAAGUAAAACAUAAAACAUUAUCUUGGUUGGGAAGUUGUUUGGAAAAAAACAUGGGACGCUGUAAAUUAUGGAAUGUCGAAAUGUCAAUGUUGGGAUUUAUUUCAGAUGGAUUUGCAUUAAACUUAAGUGCGGUUCUUUUAAGGCUGUGUCAACCAUUUAUUUCUAAUACAGAUAACCCAAAAUUAUUGAAAAUUGAUCCUACCUACUGUGCUGCAAAGGUUCAUAAUAACGAAGAAAGUAGACAACGUGGAGUACAUCUAUUAAAACUAAAUGAAAACACUAUGCUUUUACCAACUAAUGUUGAUGAUUCUAGAGAAGAUAAUUCAUCAGACCAAAGACCUGUAGCUAAAGGACAGUUUAAUUUUAUUACAGAAUGUUUUUACAUGACACAAAAGUCUUUAGAGAUAGGUUUUGCUCAAGUGCAAGAAAAAAUGACAAAUAUUAAUCAAGAGUUAGCAAGAAUGCAACAGACGUUUGUAGAUGCUCAACAAUCUGGUUCAGCCACAUCUGAAGUAAUGAAACUUAUUAAUGAUCGAAUGGAAGGUGAAAUGACCAAAUAUCUAUCUAUGAAAGCUGCUCUUUUAGAACCAUCAACAUUACAUCUUUUGAGUCAAUUUCAAAAAGCAACAUGUAUUUGGCUUACUCAAGUUGUGUUGGAUGUAGACAAAGAUUUCCAAUCAAAUAAUCUUCAAUCUUAUUGUCCAAAUAAAUUCUUAGUUAUUGAAUUUCCAUUGCCUAGUGUUGUUCCUCCUACAUUAAAAUGCAUUCCAGAAUUUUUGUUGGAAAAUAUUUGGCGAUAUUUAACAUUAGUGCGUCGUUUUCAUUCUCGCUCUUUAGAGGAACCUGGGUUUUCAUUAGUUAGUGAAUUAUUAAAUGCUAUUUUAAUCUUCAUGACAUCUAAUAGUCGAGUGAGAAAUCCACAUUUGCGAGCUCGUCUAGCUGAAUGUUUAGAUUGCUUAUUACCACAUACGGACGAAGAUAGCUCUGUAACAAACUCAAUAGGAUCAUAUUACAGAGAGUUAUUAUUUCUAAGUCAUCCCCAUCGUAAACAAAUUGUUCAUGCUCUAUUGGAUGUGUUUGUGGGUAUUGAAAUGACUGGACAAAGUGUGGAAUUUGAGCAGAAAUUUAAUUAUCGCAGACCUAUGUAUGUUGUCAUGGAUUAUUUGUGGAAAUUAGAAGAACACAGAGAAGUUUUCAAAUCGUUGGCUAAAGAUGCCGAGAAUAAUAUGGAAGCGGCUUCUCCACCAUUAUUUUUAAGAUUCAUUAAUUUAUUAAUGAAUGAUGCUGUGUUCUUAUUAGAUGAAGCAUUAACAAAUAUGGCUCAGUUAAGACAAAUGCAAACUGCUCAUGAAUCAGGCCAAUGGAAUAAUCUAUCUCAAAGAGAAAGAGCUCAAAAUAUGUCAUAUUUGCAACAUAUCGGAAUGAUUGCUAGAUUUGAUAAUAUUCUUGGGAAGGAAACCAUCAAUACAUUUAAAUACCUUACAUCAGAAAUAAAAUCAAUAUUUUGUCAUCCCACAAUGGUUGAUAGAGUAGCAGCUAUGUUAAACUACUUUUUAUGUCAUUUAGUUGGACCAAAAAAAAAAAAUUUUAAAGUAAAAGAUAUGAAGGAAUACAAAUUCGAACCAGCUGAAAUAGUUUUGAAUAUUUGUAUGAUAUAUGUACAUUUGGGGGAUAGCGAAUAUGGUGAAGCAUUUUGUUUAGCUGUUUCCAAAGAUGGACGAUCAUACAAUCCAUUGCUUUUUAAACAGACUGAAGACGUCUUAGCAAGAAUUGGAGGAGCAUCAUUAAUUGUUGGAAUUACUAACAUAGCGCAAAGAGUAUCCAAACUAGCAAUACAACAAAGUAAUGAUGAAGAGUUAUUACUUACAGAAGCCCCAGAAAACUUUUUAGACCCUAUUAUGUCUACUCUCAUGGUAGACCCUGUGAUUUUGCCUUCGAGUAAAAUGAAUGUUGACCGAUCCACUAUAGCAAGACAUUUAUUAAGUGAUCAGACCGAUCCAUUUAAUCGUUCUCAUUUGACUAUGGAUAUGGUAAUAACAAAUACUGAAUUGAAAAAUCAAAUUGACGAAUGGAUUAAAAUCAAAAAAUCUCAAAAUUUAAAGUAAAAUUUACAAUUUUCAAAAACAUUACGAUAUUAAGUUCUUAGGUAUGUACAUGUAAUACAAAGUACAAUAUUUCGGGGACACUCCAUUUUAUAAAAAAAAUAUUGUUAUUGUUAGAUUUUCUUAUGAUUACGAUGUAUUUUUAUGAAUUAUAAUUUUUUAAUAUAUGGACUAUUGGUGUAUGAAUAUUUCAUAAUAAGUACAUGCUAAUAUACUAUUAAUA